AUGAAGUUCUCAACCAUCUUCUCCGUCUUCCUUGCUGCCCUCUCUGUCGGUGUGAGCGCCAGCCCCAUCGGCACAAACGAGGUGCGCGAGGUCGACACCUUCAACUCCAGCCCCCAAGAAUUCGAUGCAUCCGAAUUCGACUCGGAGGACUAUGACUACGACGACGACCUGGGAGAGGACUACGACUCGUCCCUUGAGAAGCGGAACGACAAAGACUCAUACGAGUACAAACUGCUUGCGGCCGCUCAUUCCGGUCUCAAGGCUGACAAGACGUAUGCGUUCACUCUGAAGUGGACUAAAGGCGCAUCGCCUGGAGAGACCGAGAAGAACGAAGACAUCAAGACCAUCCAGAAAAAGUACGGCUUCGACCACACGGCCAUUGCCAUUGUGAAGAUCACGGGCGAUGACAAGAAGGGCCACAAGGUCUCUGGCCAGUACCACCACUUGGUCAUCAAGAACAACGACAUGGACACGGAAUACGACAAGAAGAACUUCAAGAAGGAAUACCUUGGAAAGAGCGCGCUCAAGAUUGAGUUUGUGAAAGAGGUCUCGUCUAAGAAGGAGAAGAAGGCUCUUACAGAGGCCAAGGAUUACCCCAAGGACAAGAAAUGGAAGGGCGGAGAGACUGACUGCAAGACUUUUGUUGAUGCUGUCAAGCAUGAGCUCUGAUGGUGAGAGUCGGAGGAUGAUACCGUCUGUUUCUUUUUUUCUGUUUCUUUUUUACAAAUGUGUUGGAUUUACUGUGACUCAUCUGAACCAUGUGGAUGGGUGUUGAAAGUGAUUUAUCAUAAGUAGAG